GUUACGAAGUUGAUUCAUUGGCUAGAUCUGGUAUAGCAUGACAACCUUUAAUCAGACUCGCAAACUGAAGAGAACAUGAAUACAACUUAUUUUUGCUGUAAUUAACUUAAUUUUGUUGAACUUUUGCUUGAUUUAGCUCAUUUUGACUUUACUUAUUUUAGUUGAAAGUAAUUUAAAUGAAUAUAUUGAAAAGCAAAUUUAAAAGAUUAUUAACCUGAUAUGUUUAUUCAGUUUCUUAAACUGUUAAAUUUAUCAUGUCCGGCUAUGACACAUUGAUAUGGGUCGAGGGUCAUGCAUGAGCUUCAUUUAUAAUAGAUCGGCACAAUUAUAUUUGAACCCGUUUCAAACACGGCCUACAUGGCUACAUAGUUGACUACUUGAGUAUUCUUGUGAAUAUUGCUUGCUCUCCACGACUCCACAUACACUUGUUUUAUAAUAUCAACACAAUACACCUCAUAAAUCCAACCAUAAUAAAAAGUAGAGAUCAUCAAAUAUCCUCCAUGAUUCCCUGAUUCUCUUUGUCUUCCACCUCUCCCAACUUCCGCAUAGAAUUCCCAGUAUAAAAAAAAAAUCCCAUAAAAACAACAAAUAUGGUAACAACAAUAACUAAAUUAAAUUUUAUAUUUAUUUAUAUAUAAUAAUAAUAAUAAAAAGAAAUCCAACGAUUUUUGUUUCCCGAUUUUUGGCGCGAAAAUCAUGAAAAACGACAGUUCAACUACAGAAGACGACGGUUCUCUCUCCUUCUUCUCGACAAUCGGCGGCUUUAAUGGCGGCGUUGGCGACGGCGACGGCGAAGAGCUGUCGUACGUUCCGCCAUUGAAUUUUGCAAUGGUUGAUAAUGGCAUUUUCAGGUCUGGAUUUCCCGACACUUCUAAUUUACAGUUUUUGCAAACCCUAGGCCUCCGAUCAGUCAUAUGUUUGUGUCCAGAGCCAUAUCCGGAGGCGAUCGCGGAGUUCUUGAAAGAAAAUGGGAUUCAUCUCUUUCAAUUUGGCAUUGAGAUGAGCAAGGAACCAUUUGUUAAUAUUCCUGAAGAUAGGGUACGUGAAGCUCUGAAAACUGCUCUAGAUGCAAAAAACCAGCCAGUUCUUAUACACUGCAAGCGUGGAAAGCACCGAACAGGAUGUCUUGUGGGAUGCUUAAGGAAGCUGCAAAAAUGGUGCCUGUCCUCAAUCUUCGACGAGUACCAGAGGUUUGCCGGAGUGAAAUCUAGGAUAUCCGAUCAGAGAUUUGUGGAGACGUUUGACAUUUCGAGCUUGAAAAACACUCCAAUGCAAUUUUCAUGCUCAAAGAGUAGAUAACAUGACAAAUACCCUCCAACAUUCUUAUGUCAGGGUUGCAUUCAGCUGCUAGUCAUUGUACAAAUUCCAUAUAAUGUUCAGGAUUCAGGAAGUCAUUUUUCUUAUUGUGUGUAUCAGUGUGUGAUGCAGUGUCCUCUGACAGUAACAAAGAGAUCAAAUUAAACACAUUUUUUUGCACAAUUGAAAGCAUCUUUAAUAGUUGUAAAUCUUCCAAAUUAUUCCAAGAACUCCAUAAAUCCACAUUUGUCCAUA